AUGACAACCAAAGCAUUGGUUUUAUUACUGGCCACCCAGGUCCUAGUUGCGACUCAUUUUGUCAGUGCUGACGGUAAUGGCAAUGACCAAGACAGGAUUAAAUGGUUCAGGGCGAUCCUGGCAAAGGUUGACACUUAUUUUAACAGCAAGGAUGCCAAUACCCAAAGCACCGUAUCUCUACCUUGUGAGUUUCUGAAUGCGUAUGCCCUGCCCGGCGGAUCAAUAGAUCUCAAGAAAGGAUCGGUGGACAUACACUGCGAGGUUGGAAAACAACUAAACAUCGAUUCACCCUCGACUAAGUGCACCUAUUUAGGCAUUAGCCCCAGCAAAAAAAGCAAGCGCAGUGCUCGCAGUAACGAAAGGCAAAAACGAGACGGCAACAACAACCAGUUUAGCAGCACCGAGAUGAGACAGUUGACUGCACGUUUUGGUUCGAAGCUGCCAAAAUGCGUCGAUAUCCCAGGUUACACGGGCUGCUAUGAAAACACGUUCGACUUGGACGCCGUACUGAAUUAUAUGAACUUUGCCUACCACCCGUCCUCUGCAGCUGACUGUGUCCAGUUCUGUGGUAACCAUGGGUUUACUCUUGCUGGAGUUUACCAGCACGACGAAGGCAGUGAUGAAAAGGACCGGUGUAGAUGUGGAACAGGACAGUUCCCAGGAAAUGCUGAGACUUCCAAGAAUUGUGACAGACUUUGUUUGAAAGACAAAAGUCAAAUAUGUGGAGGGAAUAAAGAAUUCGCAGUUUUUAAAGUUGGGCCUUAUAUGGCUGUGUAUGGUCCUAAGACCACACCAACCACAGAACAGCCGACAACCAGGAGUACCACGGAGAAACUGCUUACAACCACCACCCCUGAACCCACCACAACCAGUUCAACCACCACAACCCCUGAACCCACCACAACCAGUUCAACCACCACAACCCCUGAGCCCACCACAACCACCGUCACAACCACAGCCAAGACAACCACUGAGAAACUGGUUACUCCCGAUCCCUCCAAUGUCACAAACACAACGCCACCUCCAAAGGACGCGUGCGUUAUCGGGGGUAAACACUACGCCAAGGGAGCGACCUUCAACGACGGUUGUGAUAAGAACUGUAUCUGCAUAGAUCCACCCCACGUCUUCAGGUGCAUUGAGAACCAACAACAACCACAACGACUGAACCCACCACAACCACAACUGAGCCAACAACAACCACAACAACUGAACCAACAACAACCACAACUGAGCCAACAACAGCCACAACAACUGAACCAACAACAACCACAACUGAGCCAACAACAGCCACAACAACUGAACCAACAACAACCACAGCUCAGCCAACAACAACCACAACAACUGAACCAACAACAACCACAACAACGCCAACAAGCACCACAACCACAGCCAAACCUACCACUACAAAAAUUGUACCAAAAACCACAACCACCGUAA